GAGCCCCCUUCUCCCCCGUCGAAUUCCCGGUAAACUGCCAUCGAAUCGAGACUAUAUAAAUCGGUUCACCCACAUUUGCCAACUAUCAAUCACCAACGUUUGAUCUGUAACUGUCGCAAUUUAAGCAAACAAAUACAGCCACUAAAACCAUCAAAAUGGCAUACAUGUUCGUAGUCAUUGCCGCCUCCAUCUUGGCCACCGCCUACGGAUCUCCCGUAGCAGCACCAAUCUACGCCGCUCCAGCAGCCUACUCUGCACCUUCAUACGCUGCUGCCCCGUCGUACGCUGCACCUUCUUCAUACUCUGCUCCUUCUUACAAGCCCGCUGCUUACAAACCAGCAUACGGACACGAAUCUUACGAUGCCCCAGCUCCAUACAACUUCGAAUACAGCGUAAACGACCCACACACCUACGACGUCAAGAGCCAAUCUGAAUACGCUGACGGAAACGGUUACGUCAAGGGAUCCUACAGUCUGGUUGAACCCGACGGUUCCACCCGCACUGUCGAAUACACCGCUGACGACUACAACGGUUUCAACGCCGUCGUCAAGAAGGAAGGUGGAUACGCUGCACCAGCUUACUCUGCACCAGCCUACUCUGCACCAGCUUACAAGGCCCCAGCUUACUCUGCACCAGCCUACAAAGCCCCAGCAUACGCUGCACCAGCUUACUCUGCACCAGCCUACAAGUCCCCAUCUUACUCUGCUCCAGCCUACAAAGCCCCUUACUCCGCUCCUUCAUACUCUGCCCCAGCCUACAAGGCCCCAGCUUACUCCGCACCAGCUUACGCUGCCCCGGCUUAUCCCGCCCCAGCUUACUAAGCUAAAUAUUUGACUUUUCUAAAUCAAAAUGUCAGUUCUAAUUUAUUGUUAUUUAUUUAUUUAAAUGUAAAUAUAAUAAACAAUUAUUACAUAUUUGCAAACCCGUAAA